UGGUUAUUAGUAAAAGUCAGUAAUAAACAAAAAGAAACCCAAAACUCCGAUAACCAAUUGAACGAUUUCCGAUUUCCACAUCUCCUCCCGACAGACGAACCCUAAUAUAUACUAUCAAUGGGUUCAACCUCAUGUUAGGUGAUUUUGAAGGAUAGACAUCGUUAAAGGUUGAUGGAUCGGCAGGGUCAUGAUUAUGCAGCUGCUGCCAUGGCAUUUGCACAACAACAGGCAGCUAACCUCCAGCAGCAGCAGCAACAACCUCCCCCUUACGGUUUUCACCCACAACAUCAACAAUUCUUACCUGCAGUUCAUGGUCCUCCUUUUCUACCACCACAUCCUUCUAUCCAACAAUUUCCUCGCCACCCGCUUAUGCAGCAACCGCAGAUUCACCCUCACCCGCCACCUCAUCUUCAUCUUCACCAGCAACCACCACCAAAUUUUCCUCCACAUAUGCCACCUCAUAUGAGCUCUUCACCAUUCCAUGGCCCAUAUGAUGCACCACCUCCACCUGCUCCUCCACCUUCUGACCCUGAGCAACAAAAGUGUAUUGAUAAACUCGUCGAGUAUGCCGUGAAAAAUGGCCCUGAAUUUGAAGCCAUGAUUCGUGAAAAACAGAAAGAUAAUCCCUCUUAUAGUUUCUUGUUUGGUGGUGAAGGUCAUGGUUAUUAUCGGUAUAAACUAUGGUUAGCUGCACGCCCACCUGCUGGCAUGUUCAAUCAACCUCCUUUUCCUGCAGCUUCAGUUAACAUGUUGCACAAUUCCAAUCCAAUGAUGAACCAGCCACCCUUAAAUGCUCCACACUUAGCUGCCGGUCCUGGUGGACAUCAGAUGCAUCAACAUCUGUAUCCGCCACACUUUGAGCAGCAGCAACACCAACAUCCUCAGCCUUUUGUUGGUCACGGGCGUCCAGAAUUUGACCAGGCUUCCAGGCCUUUCAAAGGUCUAUCAGGGCCACUUCCUUCCGAUGUUGCUUCAGAGAUGAAUAAUGUACUUAACAGCCUCACAGGCACCAAAGAGUCGAUCAAAGGUGCCAAAAUGUGGUUCAUGCAGAGGUCCCCAUUUGCACCAGCUAUGGCAGAGGCACUUAGAGAUAGGAUAUAUACUCUGGAUGACCCUGAAAGACAGCUUCAUAUAAUUUACCUUGCCAACGAUAUUCUAUUUGACAGCUUGCAGAGACGUGCCAAUCCUCAUGAGAUGGAUAACGAGGCACUUGCCUUCAGGCAUGUUUUAGGUUCCAUGCUUGCACGGAUAUACCACAACCCUUUGAACAAGGAUGAAAAUCAAUCACGUUUGCAGAAAAUUGUACAGUUUUGGGCAUCCAAGGAAGUUUAUGAUCCUGAAACGAUACGUCUACUUGAGAACGAGAUGCUGAGUGUCCCUCCUGUUGCUUCUUUUCCACCAAUUAAGAACGAUACUGCCCAAGGACAUCAACAGCAAGUGUGGCAGCCUGAUAAACAGGGUAUGUUGCCAAAAUUUCCAGACCAAGAACAUCAUGAUAGGCAAGUCCUACCUCAAUCGACACCACCGAUGCCAUCUGCUGGUUAUGGGGCUCCUGUUCAACCGCCAACUCAACAACCUCCGCCUAAUUUGCUGCCACCGCCAGUGGGUUCUGAGAAGUUACCCCCGUACCCUUUGUUCCCUCCUGGUCUUAUUCCUGGAAUGGUUAGAAAGAUGCAGAUUGGAAGUGGAGUACCUUACUCUCCCAUGAGUCCGUUAGACAUUCCAACUGUAAUACCACCCUCUACUCUGUCCCAAUCCGAAGUUCUAGAGAAAGUAUCGAAAUUCUUUAAGGACAUUGGAGAAGUGAACCCAUCUGAAGGCCCGAUGGGAGGUGGUGAUGCAAAGAGUGAUGAUGAAGAUGAGUAUGAAAGAGAGCCUAUGGUUCGUACAGGUGGUGCAUGUAUACCUCCGCCACGUAACCUACAGGUUGACCCAGAGACUGGAACUUAUGAAGAUGGAAGUGUAGAGAAGAAGCCUGGAUCGAGUGGGUCUGGAAGGCUUGGGCUUGGGGCAACAGCUAACCCAAAUGAAGUAAGUCAGUAUGAUGAUGUUUACAGUUCUUAUAGGAAACAGAGAAGCACUAAUUACCAUACAUCUAUGAGUGCUAGAGCUUCUACAAGAUGAAGUUAAUUGAUGUAUUAGGAUGUUGGUUUUUCUGUUUAUUUUUGGAUAAGAAAUAAUUGCACUUAAAUUCAUUACGAAAUGUGUGUUACUCAGAUUUCAUUUUUGUUACCAAUAUUAAGGAUUAGGUAUAGGUGUUUAUUAUUUUUCUUUGUUUUAUUUAUUAAUUCCAAGUUCUAUCAUGUUCUACUUAACAGUUUGCUAAAUAAAAUCGAGUAAUGAUA